AUGCUCGGUUUUCUCGGCCGAGGCUGCAGCGAUCUUCCGUGCCUAUACGACGCCAGCCAACAAACCGAUACUUAUAUUAACCGACACAGCGUCGUUCAAGCGAUCACCUCGGAAGCACCAAAACACCCAUGGAUCCAGGCGAUUAUCAAGUACGCCCCACCGAACACCGUGUACACAUGGAUUCCCGGACACUGCGGAGUGCCAGGUAACGAGUCUGCUGAUCACCUUGCCGGAGCCGGGACAUCGGGCCCCAGACUCACCAACAAGGAACCCCUACAGGAUGUCAGACGGUGGAUCAUGCGGACCAUUCGAGCAGCAUGGGAAGCUGAGUGGUUCCGCAACAGAAUUGCCUUCAUACGCAAAGUAAAAGGUUCAACUGAACCAUGGAGAGAACUGGACAACCUGAGGGAUCAACGCGUGAUUUCGCGGCUUCGAACCGGGCACAGCAAACUCUACUAUAACUAUGGUGGCCUGCCGUUCCGCAGAAGCUGCAUCAUCUGUGGGGUACCCUACACCGUCUAA